GCCGAGGCAAACAAGCCCAACGCUGAAAGGGCAUUUUUUGUUGCCGACUUAGGUCAAGUUUAUAAACAGUACGUUCGGUGGAAACGAUGUCUCCCUGGUAUUGAGCCCUUCUACGCUGUCAAGUGUAACCCUGAUCCUUAUGUGUUACGCCUCCUCGGGGCGCUAGGGACAGGCUUUGAUUGCGCUUCGCAUGGGGAAAUCAAUUUGGUAACGGAGAUUGGUGUAGACACCUCUCGGAUAAUCUAUGCCAACCCUUGCAAGUCUCUUUCCUUCAUCAGACAUGCCGCCAGAGCCGCAGUUGACAUGAUGACCUUCGACAACACCGACGAACUGCUCAAAAUUUCCAGUGUGUUCCCGACCGCAAAGCUUGUCGUGCGCAUUUUGACGGAUGACUCCAAAAGUCUUUGCCGACUGGGACUCAAAUUCGGUGCACCACUUGCGACCGUUCCCGCCCUCCUGGAAGUCGCUCGUGAAUUGGGGCUGGAUGUUAUUGGCGUGAGCUUCCAUGUAGGCAGUGGCUGCUACGAUUCCAAUGCUUUUGCGGAUGCGGUCAAGCGUGCACGCACAGCGUUUGACAUGGGUGCGGAAGCUGGGUAUCGUUUCACCCUUUUGGACGUCGGUGGAGGAUUCGAGAGCUUCAAUUUUGAAACCACUGCUGGGGUGCUUUCACGGGCUCUGGAAACCCACUUUCCCUUCGCAAAGAGGGACGGAGUGAGGGUCAUCGCGGAACCAGGGCGUUACUUUGUCUCUUCUGCAUUUGUACUCGCCACGAACAUCAUUGCUCGGCGCGUGAACCCAGCCCAACCACAGGUCGAGCUCAUGGCGGAUGAGGCAAAUCAGCCAAAAGUAAUGUACUACAUCAACGACGGGGUGUACGGCUCUUUCAACUGUAUCAUGUUCGAUCAUCAGAAAGUGACCCCCUAUCCCCUCACUAUUGAUCGUUCAGUCCUCCCUAUUAUCCAUCUCCAGGGGCCUGGACACUUGAAUGACAAAGAUGAUCUCGUACUUUCGAGCGUGUGGGGACCUACGUGCGAUUCCAUCGACUGCGUUGCUCCCCUUGCAAUGUUGCCUGGCAGACUGGCAUCGGCGAUUGGCUUGGUUUUGACGACAUGGGUGCCUACACUCGUUGUGCUGCGAGUCGAUUCAAUGGGUUUGACGUGUCGGAGGUCCAUUACACGUGUGGGGUGGGCAGGGAAAGCGCCGCUGUUCGUGCGGCGCUUGCGAAGUACAACGAUGAUGACGAUGGCACUGAUGAGGAUAAUGAGGGUGAUGAUUAUGACACACCCCUUUAGAUGAACUCUCCCCCUUAGAGUGGGGGAUAGUCGCAAAUAGGACGGACAUCAACCAUUCCCCUUCCCCCGGAUAAUCGUAUAAAUCGACCUGGAUUCUGAAUAUCCAGCUUAUCCAACUGCUUGUUUUCACUUCCCUUCAAGCCUGGGCAAUGCCCGCUGAAAAUGUCUAGCCUGACCUUAUAUCCAAAAAUGUUUUCUUUUUGGUAUCAAUAAUUUUUCCGUCUACACGCCGACCCCUCCUUCGAUGUUUAGGACACAUUCUUCUUUUGUUAAUACUUUCCCGGCACUUCGACUGGGGUUUCCAUUUUUUGCGAGAUACGAAACUCUAUUCCAUUUCCACGUUACCUAUCU